GAGCACUAGGCGGUUGGCCUCUCGCUGAACUUGUGGUCUGCUCAGGACAGCACACAGCUCACUAGAGGCAGGGCACGGACGAGUUGGGUCGAGUGUGCUGAUCGAACCAAGAGUGUCCCUUCGUGUCCUUGGCAGUGGACAUGGAACCAGGCUCUCAGGCAGGCGCCCUGCAGGAGAUCCUGGACUGUCUGUGUCGAGAGAGCGACCCAGGAAAGAUCUACAAAACACUGAAGAAACUGUCUUCUGUGCCUAUCCUGUGCGACAGCCUGGCAGAGAUUGGCUUCAGAAAGACCAUAAAGACGUUGAAGAAUCAGCAGCUCCUGCUCCCCUUUGUUAAGGACCUAGUAGACAAGUGGUCACCGGGGUUCGUGCUGGGACCCCAACAAGAGCUAGACUCCCUGGACUUUGGAUUGCUGAGGAGCCACAGGACAGCGCAUCAGAGCACAGGUCUAGAAGAGACAAACCAGGAGCAAAUAUUCCAGACGCCCAGGAGUCCAAGCCUGGAUCCAGCAGAAAACAGGAGCUCUGAGCAGCAGCCAGCUGUCCGGGACCCAGGGCAGGUCCCACCACCAUGCAAGAGGAAGAGUGAACUCCCCUGGCUUGAGGAAGCUCGGAGGCCUCCCGCAAAGAUUCGUCGAGGUGAUUCUCAAGUAUUCAAGGUCCAGAGUCCCAUGGCUGACUGUGCUAGCCCAGACUCUCGGUGCAGUGGUAACACCUGCCUUGCUGUGGAUGGUGUCCCGCAGCCUUCUUCCUCUCAGCUGGAUGGAGAAGCGUCACCUAGGGGCUGGUAUCUCAGAAAGAACAACAAAACGCCAGUCUAUUCAGGUUGUCUUCCAGCAGACUCUUGUCCUCAGGAAUCCCACCCAGGGCUCCUUGGGAAGCCCUCGGCUGGCAUCAGGAAUGCUAGUCUCGGACAAUCGGCCCAAGAAGAAACUGAGCCUGGGCAGUCCAAGGAGAAGACACAGUGCCAGACGCAGACUAGCAAGCAAAGACCGAGCUUGACUAAGCCCUCUGCACACCUGUGUCUUCAGGAGUCCCAAGAGGAGAGGCUGCAGGCCCUCAGAGCCCGCAUCCAAAGCUCAAUGGCCAAGAGGCUGCAAGCAAGACAGACAACCAUGAUCUCCUUCCAUACCAAGCACAAGAGCCCAGGUCAACAAGGGGAGCUUGGACCCAGAAUGGGUGAUACAGUACCAACUUCCCACAGUCUUCCUGAGGCACCUGCCCAUCCAGGAUCCCAGAAGCUUUCCUGCCUGCCCUCUGGAGCAAAAGGCCCCAAAAAGGCUCCAGCUAAGAGACCUGCUCCACUCAUGGCCAAGGCACUCAGGGACUACAGCCGUGGUUCUACACAAACUGAAUGGCUGAUGCUCUCCACAGUCACAAUACCUGCCACUCCUGGGACUGGGAAGGACUGGGCAUACACUCUUUCUCCUGGAAGAACUGGCACAGAACACACUGUGGUUGUCAAGCUCCAGACACACUCCACAGCACCCUUUUCUGGAGUUUUCACUGUGCCUCUGGACAAGAUUUUCCAACCUGAAACCUUGUCCCAUGGCAAGUUGUAAAUCAUGCUCCAAAGUAAAUGAAUAUCUACCUCCCGCUUUA